UAGCGAUCUUCGGGCGACAAUCGCUAUACGCUUGUUUUCAUCUCAUCAAUUGGUACCGGCCGGUUUGGACUUGAACUUUGGAUUUUCAUAACUUUUAAUAUUUUUUUUUCAGUUUUUUACUCGUAAUAUCUUAAGAAUAAUUAGAAGUGAAGCAGACAUUAAGUGUAUUUAAACUUUAAAAUGAACCAAUUCGGAGUAAUAGUAAGAAAUUUCUCAAGUUCCAAUGCAGUACAAAGUGCAAUCAAAAAUGUAACUGUUAUUGGAGGAGGCCUUAUGGGCUCUGGCAUUGCUCAGGUGACAGCCCAGGCUGGCCAAAAUGUGACCCUUGUGGACGUGAGCUCCGAUGUCCUGGCUAAAGCCCAGAAGUCCAUCGCCAACAACCUGGGUAGGGUCGCGAAGAAGGUUUACAAAGACAACCCGGCCGAAGGUGAGAAGUUUGUCUCCGAGGCUUUGGGGAGGAUCAAGACAUCCACAGACCCCGUGGAGCCUGCGAAGACUUCGGACUUGGUGGUGGAAGCCAUAGUUGAGAACAUAGAUGUGAAGCAUAAGCUGUUCAAACAACUUGAUGAUGCAGCUCCGGCACACACAAUUUUGGCGUCCAACACAUCAUCACUCUCAAUCAAUGAAAUUUCUUCUGUGGUCAAGAGGAAAGACAAAUUUGGUGGCCUCCAUUUCUUCAACCCAGUACCCGUGAUGCGACUGUUGGAAGUGGUCCGUGGCGCGGAGACCUCGGAGGAGACUUACAAGAGCAUGAUGGCGUGGGGCAAGUCCGUGGGGAAGACUUGUGUUACGUGCAAAGACACCCCGGGAUUCGUGGUCAACAGGCUGCUGGUGCCUUACAUCUGUGAGGCGGUCAGGAUGUACGAGAGAGGGGACGCCUCAGCCCGCGACAUUGACGUAGCCAUGAAACUAGGGGCCGGGUACCCCAUGGGGCCUCUGGAAUUAGCUGACUAUGUGGGUCUGGACACCAACAAGUUUAUCCUGGACGGCUGGCACAAGAAGUUCCCGGACCAGGCUCUCUUCAAACCCAUCCCGUUGUUGAACAAACUAGUGUCAGAAGGAAAGUUGGGUGUCAAGACAGGGGAAGGAUUCUACAAGUAUGAUAAGAAAUAAGUGAAGUUGUUUGAAGAAUAUUUAUUUAGAAGUGUGCUGUUAUAUCGUUGGUUAAUCGUGAAUUUAAUAUACAAAUGUUAUGAUGUAUUUUAAUCAAUAAAGUCUGAAUCAGU